AUGAGGCCUCAUUUGGCUAUCCUGGCCGUUGGCCUCUUUGCUUUCGUUCGCGGGCAAGUCGUCGGCAAUGACAACAUCACCACUGUAUCCACUGCGACAUGUUCAUCAACAGGAACUCAAACAUACGCUUACGUCGACCCUUCAGGCAUACAAUAUAGAUAUCAAUGUGGUGCGGGAUCCGGAGGCACCCAGACUUCCGCUGUACCUUCGGCCAGUGUCAGUAGUUGGCAAGCCUGCUUUGCCUUCUGUGAUAACCUUGCCGGGUGUAAUGGAUUCACAUACAACAAUGGUGCGGUCAACGGAAAUGGGCCUGGCCAAUGCCUAUUGAAGGCCGGAACGACCAAUAACUUCGCCAGUACAGCUACUCUUACCGCGACGCGAAUUGCUGGCUUGCAGGUACGGUACCUUCCUAAACCUAUCCCCUCCUUCUCUUGUCCACAACAAGAUCAACAAACCGUAACGGACCUGGGAGGUCAAGCAUAUGUCAUUCAAUGUGCUCACGAUCUAAGCGGUGGAUCAGGCCCUGCUUCACUCCGGCUCCGACUGAAACUCAAUACACAACUUGUAAUGGAUUCGCCUACUCUGGAGUGGCCAAUGGAGCAGGACCUGGCAAUUGUUACCUCAAAUAUGCGACUGUACCUUUGA